GUUUUCACCCAAAAGAAAAAAAAUUGAAGUUUUGAUUCAAACAUCUGUGAAAGUUCAGAAAAUAUUUCUAUAAAAAUCUCAUCUUGAAAAAUUUUUAGCCGUAUUUCUGUAAACAAAAAUUCUUAGUGCGGCCGAUUCGGACCAUGGUUCGUAGAUGAGCAAUCGUGAGGGCCAGCGUCCCAGAAAGCUAGGGUUUCUUACAGGCAGCAAUCUGCGGCAACCAGCAGCCUGUCUGAGAGUCAUUUCAGGUUACAAUAAAGCAAAAGCUUGGUUGAAUCGGACAACGUCAAGUAAUGCUUGGGGGUUUGUACGGAGAUCUCCCUCCGCCGUCAUCAAAGAAUUCAGCGGAGGAGGAGAAAAGUAGUAACUCAGUAUGGUCAAGCAGCGCAAAGAUGGCUCCGCCCACACUCCGGAAGACCCCUUCCGUUCUCCCCUCUCCUCACUCCGUGCUAAAGAACCAACAAUCACAAACCAAACCCAAAACCCCUCAACCUCCCCAAUCAAAGAGCUUGACUUCCAUUGCCCCUUCGCCACUACCUGGUAGUGGCACAAAAAUCUCAUCUUUUCAACCCGCCCUAGUCGGGGUGACAUCAACUCUGGUUGAUGAGUAUGAUCCUGCAAGGCCCAAUGAUUAUGAGGACUAUCGUAGAGAGAAGAAGAGGCGGGCAGCAGAGGCUGAGAGGAAGAAGGAGGUUGAGAGACGAAGAAGAGAGGAGGAAGAGAGGGAGAGGGAAAGGGAGCAGCGGGAACGUGAGGCUGCGGAGAGGGAAAAAAAGGAUUAUCAGUCUAGGCUGAGCAUAUCAGGUGAGGAAGCAUGGAUGAGACGGGCAGCAAUGAGUGGUGGUGCAGCGCCAAAAUCGCCUUCACCUCCGCCAAGUGGAGAAGGCUUUAGUAUUGGAAAGUCAGGCUCUGCUGGAUUGGGUGUUGGUGCAGGAGGUCAGAUGACAGCUGCACAGCGGAUGAUGGCAAAGAUGGGAUGGAAGGAAGGACAGGGUCUUGGCAAGCUGGAACAAGGGAUUACAACACCUCUCAUGGCAAAGAAGACAGAUAGACGGGCUGGAGUGAUUGUGAAUGCUAGUGAGACCAAAUCUGAGAAAAAGAUGAAGAGUGUGAACCUAAAUGGUACACCGACACGCGUCAUGCUUCUCCGGAACAUGGUUGGACCUGGUGAAGUAGAUGACGAGCUGGAAGAAGAGGUUGCUUCCGAGUGUUCGAAGUAUGGCACAGUGACUCGUGUGCUAAUCUUUGAGAUAACAGAGCCCAACUUUCCAACUGACGAAGCUGUGAGGAUCUUUGUUCAGUUCGAGAGAUCCGAGGAAACAACAAAAGCACUGAUUGAUCUUGAUGGCCGAUACUUUGGUGGACGGGUGGUUAGAGCUGGAUUUUACGACGAGGAGAGAUUUGCGAAAAAUGAACUGGCUCCUUUGCCGGGAGAAGUACCGGGUUUCUCUUGAAUCAACAGCAGCUGAGGAAGGUCCCAAUG